CACAAAUCAAAAAUGUUCCAAUUGGCGCUGUUCCAGCCGCGAAUUCCUCCGAACUGCGGCAACAUCAUGCGCCUGGCAGCGAACAAUGGAUGCAUCCUACAUCUCAUUGAACCAUUCGGUUUCAACCUGGAUGAGAAGAGUGUGCGGCGCGCAGGACUGGACUACCGCGACAUGGCAGUGGUUCGUCGACAUGUCAACUUUGAAGCGUUCAGUGAAGCCGUGGCCGGUCAUCGCAUUCUGGCGUGCACAACCAAGGGGAGUCGACCAUACACAGAAGUGAAGUACAACCCAGGAGAUGUUCUUCUAUUUGGGUCUGAAACCAGUGGACUCCCCGAUGACGUCCGCAACAACAUUGCCGAAGAACUCCGCAUUCGGAUUCCCAUGCUUGCAGACUCGCGAAGUCUGAACUUGGCCAACUCCGUGUCCAUUAUAAGCUACGAAGCAUGGCGUCAAAAUGAUUUCAAAGGCGGUAUUUAAUGAGAUAGGUGUAGUGUAAGCGAGAACGAAUGUAAAGUAACCGUACCAAUGCAGAGACUUAUUGUGCGAAAA